AUGAACUCUGCCACGUCCAACUUCGAGGUAGACGCCACCGGCGUCUCACCCAAGCAACUUGACGGCCUCAUCCCGUCUCUCAAGCUCGCCGACGGCAAUGAAGUCCCCAUGCUCGGCUACGGCCUCGGCACCGCCAACUACAAAUCCGGCUCCGCCGGCGACGCCAUCUCCGAGCCCAUCGUCACCGCCACCCUAACCGCUCUCAAGGCCGGCUACACGCACCUGGACGGCGCCGAAGUCUACGGCAACGAAGUGGAGCUAGGCAAGGCCAUCGAGCAAUCCAGGCUUCCUCGCUCCUCUUUGUUCAUCACCACCAAAACUAUCGUCCACGCCGGCGACACGGUCACCCAGUCCUUCAACCGCUCUCUCGAGAAGCUCGGGCUCGACUACGUCGACCUGUACCUUUUGCACUCUCCCUUUUUCGCCAAGACCCCCGAGGAGCUCCAUCAAGCCUGGCGGGAGAUGGAGAAGAUCAAGGACAGCGGGAUGGCCAAGUCGAUUGGUGUUUCGAACUUUUUGAUCUCGCAUCUGCAGACACUGUUUGAGAUUCCUGGUGGAUUUGUGUACCCGCCGGUUGUUAACCAGAUUGAGUAUCACCCUUACCUGCAACAUGUGGUAGAGGGUGAGGAUUUGAUCGCCUACUGCCGGGAGAAGAACAUUGCUAUUCAGGCUUACUCUCCGCUGACGGCCAUCACGAAUGCCAGCCCGGGCCCUGUGGAUCCGAUUUAUACGAAGCUGGCCAAGAAGUACGGUGUCAGUGAGGCCGAGGUUGCCCUGAGAUGGUGUCUGGAUCAGGGUAUUGUGACGCUUACGACGAGUAGCAAUGAGGAGAGGCUGAAGGGCUACCUGAAGAAGUUGCCCAGCUUCAAGUUGACACCAAAGGAGGUGGAGGAUAUCGCGGCAGCGGGUAAGGAGAAGCAUCAUAGGGUGUGGUGGACUGAGAACUUCGAUGCAAACGACAGGCGUUAA